AUGGAUAAUGGUUACGUAAUCAUAGAUAACUUGGCUCGCGGAAAUCAUGAAUACUUUUGUCCGGGAAUGGUAGAAAAAGAUGAUAUUCCCUCCUGUUACAGCACAGCCAAUUCGAAGCUUUCGCUGUUCAUCGUCUAUAUGCAACUGAAAUGUAACAGUUACAUCGAUUUCUUUAGAGAAUACGGCCACCAACUUGGUUGAGUAAUCUGUUGAUGACCUCUCAUUUACAUUGUUUUUGGGAGCAGAUUGCAUUAUUUUAGGGUUCUCGAGGAUAAAUGUUGUUGAAUAAGGUUGGAUUGUGCUUUCCUUGGGUAAAUUACCUUCGAAUUUCCUAAGGUUUUCAGAAAAAGAGGGGGUUAAACAGAAAGCUGGGUCCUGUUUUGGAAAGAGUUUGGCGUUGAGUUCUGUUCCAAUCUUCUUCAUUUUCAAGGUAUCCAUGAGUUGUAUACAAGUAUAAAGUUCUUAAGGUCGUAUCCUCUCUCCCCACCGAUUAGAUUGCAACAAUUACAGCUCCCAUCUUCCCUCGACGCCCUACCGUAUCUCUUUUUCUUCUCCUUUCCUCCUUUAUUGCCAAUUACCCCAGCCCGGCCCAUCUUUUCUCAAUAAAUUUUGUCCUUUAUUGGCUUCACGGUGCCUCUCUUCUCCAUUUGUUUAUUCUGACUUUAAUUAAGUUAAUUUUAAUUCAUUUGGCCAUUAUGUAUUACAAGUUGGGUAAUCGAGAGGGCCUUUUCUUCCUUAAGUCUUACUGUGUCUUCCCUAUAAGUCAUCAAGAUUACUGUAUCUAUAAGGGAGUUUUUUUGUUCUAUUAUUGUAAUUAGGUGCCUAAUUAACCUCGGGUUUAGACAGUCGCUUGGAAUGCGUAUCAUUUGACUCCGCCCUCAGUUUCACCCGAAUUUGUUUCGCCUUUCACCUGCCUCAUCUUAUACAGGCUUAUUAUUGCUCUAAUGUAAGCAAAUCUACUAUUUACAAGUGUAUGUAAAUGCAAGAGUUGCUACAGUUUUACGCUUUUAAUUCUAAUUAAAAUUAAAGGCAUGGUAAAUACCGUAGUUUUUACAUUGUAACGUCGACCGGUUGGAUACUGGCUUAGGGCUUAACCCAUUUACUCCUUUUUGACAUGUACUUAUGUAUAGUUUGGCACUGAACAAAUUUUAUUUGAUUCCAUUAAGCUGACUGAACUUUCGCGUUACUAAUUCAAUCUUUGAAAAUUACUAAUAUACAUACUUUGUUAUUUCAGAUGUCAUCAGAGGCCUCUUACAGUGACUGUGCCAGUGCUGGGGUUUCAUCGCCCGAUCUGAAUGAUACGGCCUCCGUUUCUUCCUUAAAAUUUUCCAUUUACAAUAUUCUGAGGCCGGACUUUGGAAUAGUAUGUUUACGAUUUUAAACUCGUAGGUUACUGUGGGAAAAUGGAAAUUUAUUAUUUAUAAAAUGUCUAAAGAGUGCCUAUCAUUAAGAAAAAGGUCGAAUGAUUCUUAACAUGAUGGAAAUUUUUUUACUCAAAUGUGAGGUUUCUUAUGUAAUUUUUGCUAUGAAUUACAAGACAAAUCACCGCUUGUUUGCGCGGCCCUCCAUCUUUUCAUAAUUUGAUUAGCUUAAAUGAUAAAAAUGGACAAGGUUAAAGAGGCUCGUUGACACUCUUUACACAGCCCGAUUACCGCCUCUUAAUGAGCUCCAAACAAGCGCAAAGAGAGAGGGGACUUUAGACAGUGAUUGAUUAAUUGACAUCUACAGUAAGCUUGUAUAAACAAUGAGGGCAGCGAAUGCUUGAGUUGGGGGAAGAGUCGAAAAAGUGUUGUAAUAAUGAGGAAAAUAAGAAAACAGUAAUGACUCUCAGUUCGAAAUAAGGUACUGUAAUGUAAUCUUUUCAGAAAUGUGAUCGAUUAUUUGGCUCUGCAGACCCCACAUCUCCUCCCCCUCUCUUCCCCAUCAGCCCGUCAUCUUUUGGAUUAAAUCUCUUGGCCUCAUUGGCCUCGCCAAAGCUUCCAAUUGAACAGAAUGAUGAUCACCAGCUUCCUGCCUGGAUUUAUUGUACUCGAUAUUCAGAUAGGCCAAGUGCUGGGCCUAGAAGCAGGAAAAUGAAAAGGAAAGGGUUAACAGAAGAAGAGAAGAGACCGAGGACAGCAUUCACUCCAGAACAAUUGGAAAGGUUAAAACAACAAUUCCAGAAUAAUCGAUAUCUGACGGAGAAGAGGAGGCAGGAAUUGGCACAUGAAUUGGGACUAAACGAAAGUCAAAUCAAGAUCUGGUUCCAGGUAAGACUGCGGUUUUUAAGAGAGUUAGUUAUCGGUAUAUAAACCCUGAAACAUUUUAUUUCCAGAACAAACGAGCAAAGCUGAAAAAAGCCGCGAUCCAACGAACGGACGCCUCCUUCCAGAUGCUUCACAAUUCCAUGCUGAAUCACGUCACUCUUCAAUCAUUUAAAGCCUGA